AUGGAUCCAAGCCGAACCGAUCGCCUCGCCGCUCCCUGUCCCUCGUCUUCCCUUCGCAGCACCAACACCACCACCAACAGCAACACCAACACCACCAAGUCUUCGUCUUCUACAUCCUCAUCCUCGUCGUCCUUGAACACCAUCGGUGGCCCCACCCACGUCGACAUCCCCACCUCAAACGUUCACCAGUCCACCUCGCCAUCUACGCCCACCGCGGUCAACGUCCCCUCAGCUCCCUACGUCACCGGCAGGUUUGGCUCGCGCAGCGCUGGCCAGCCAAACUCGUACGACUCGGCGCUCUCCACGUCGUCGUCCUCGUCGUCGUCCGACGUCGCAGACGACCUCGCAAGCAUAGACAUCUCCCAGCACAACAACGAAAAGGAGCCGCUGCAAGACGAACCCUUCACCAUGGCCAACCUCCCCGACGGCCAGGCGGCCAUGCUCCAGGUCCUCAACGGAAUCGCGUCGAUGCAGAAAGAGCUGGCCAGGUUACACAUGCGAAUGGACGCCCUCGAGUCGCAGAACGAAAAGAUCGCCCGCAAGAACUCGUUCUUCGCCGCCACACCGCCCGGCUCCAUCUCGCCCUCGCCCGCCUUCACCAGCUUCCAGCGGCUAGACCUGCCCAGCCGCAGCGGCAGCCCCAUCGAAGGGCGCAACGCCGACUACUUCGCCGCUCCGCACCUUGCCAUGGCGCCCGCAGCCAUGGCUCAGCCCGCUCCGCUCCUCACAGAGGAGCCCAAGCUUGGCCUCUGGGCCGUGGUGCCCGCAGGAGGCGCGGGGACACGGCUCUGGCCCCUCAGCCGAGAGUCGUACCCCAAGUUCCUGCUGGACCUUACCGGUAGCGGCAGGACGUUGCUGCAGAGCACCUGGGACCGCCUGCUGCCGCUGGCCGGCUCGUCCCGCAUGAUGAUCGUCACUGGCCAGGCGCACACCAAGGGCGUCUCUGAUCAGCUGCCAGAGCUGCUGGCGUCCAACAUCCUCGCCGAGCCGUCGCCAAAGGAGUCGAUGGCUGCCAUUGGCCUGGCUGCGGCGGUGCUGCGGCGGCGGGAUCCCGAGGCCGUGCUGGGCUCGUUUGCGGCCGACCACAUCAUCUCGGGCCGCGACGGCUUCGAGUCGGCCGUGACCGAGGCGGUCGAGACGGCCAAGGCGGGCUACCUGGUCACCAUCGGCAUCGCGCCCUCGCACCCUUCGACGGGCUUCGGCUACAUCAAGCUGGGCGAGAGCCUGGAGCUGGAGCGAGCGCCCAACGCGCGGCGCGUGACCGAGUUCAAGGAGAAGCCCGACGCGCGCACCGCCUCGGCCUACCUGAGCACGGGCGAGUACCGGUGGAAUGGCGGCAUGUUCGUCGUAAAAGCCCAGGUGCUGCUCGAGCUGCUGCGGCGGAGCGUGCCCGAGCUGCACGACGGGCUGGACCGCAUUGCGGCCGCGUGGGACACGCCCUCGCGCCAGACGAUCCUCUCCGAGAUCUGGCCCACGCUGCCCAAGAUCGCCAUCGACCACGCCGUGGCCGAGCCGGCCGCCAAGCUGGGCAAGGUGGCCGUGGUGCCCGCCACGUUUGGCUGGGACGACGUCGGGGACUUUGCGUCGCUGGCCGACCUCAUCCCCGCCGAAGAGGGCGAGGCGAGGGUGCUGGGCGACAGCCGGUUGGUCAUCACCGAGUCGCAGGCGGGCGGCCUCAUUGUGCCCGCUGCCGGUCGACCCAUUGCCUGCCUUGGCGUCGACGACGUCGUCGUCGUCGACACGCCCGAUGCGCUCCUCAUCACGACGCGGGCGCGCAGCCAGGACGUGAAGAAGAUCGUGGGCAAGACCAAGAAGACCUACCCGCAGCUCUGCUAG